AUAAGAAUUGUUUAAUUGAUCUUCAAUAAAGGGAUUGGGUAAAAUUGGUACAGGAGAAAAUAUUUGUUGUUUUUGUAAACGCUAAAAGAAAAAUACCGGCCUAAUUCACCAUCUAACUGCCGGGGAUCCAGGAUUUGUGUUUAGAUAACUAACUAAAUUAACCCCUAGGGUUAAGAAAAGGGUUACAAAUAAUAUAUACACGAUAUAUAUAAACCGGCUGAAAUGUUUUGAAAUCACUUGUACCCUACCUGAUCGGGAAAAGAGGAGAGACGGGCACCGUAUACCGCGGAGUACGCCGCUCUUCCCCAGCGGGGCCUGCCCUCAUAAGUACUGGGCCAUGGGCACCAGGACUGCCUCAGCCGAAGUCUCCUAAUGAAGCGACUGUCCUCAGACCUGCGUCAUCUUCUAGGAAGACUAGACUGGUAGAACCAGAGCCUGCAAGGCAGGACCCAAUGAGACACGCUUGGCAGGGGCUCCCACACCGCCAGGUGCCCCCUAAGGGAACCAGUCUCUGGAGACUGGCCUCUGGUGUAAUCAGAGCGACUAGUUCGGUAUCCUGGAACAGCACACCAGAAGAAGAAAGCCGAACUAGCUGCUCUAGAGACCCCCAAAGGGGUGGCGAGUAUCUCAGGUCCACGAGAAGCACGAUCAGCCCCUUUUUUUUUUGGAGCUGACAACGCAAACUUCGUUCCUCAUUCAUAAUAUGCUUGUGCAGACAAUGCAACUUUACAAAGCUUAUCGACAUCCUUCACGUCCACCUCCUCGGAGGAAGACAGGCGGAGCGUCGAGCCCUCUCUUUGGGGGGAAGAAACCGCGGGGCGGGCUUCCGAUCCCAGAGAGCGGGCGCUGGAUCUGAUGGAAUAGGAAGAAGAUAGGGGCUCGCCCAUCUUCAUACCCUCCACCUGAUCAAUCUGCGAUUCCCACAAGCGCAACUGCCGCUCCACCUCGGUGAAAGCGGGGCCGGCACUGCGAGGAACGCAGCUGAAAGCUCCCUCCUCAAAGAGAGCCCUCUGAGAGCAAGCAUACGCAGUGACAAAGCUCGCAAAGCGGGCAGUCAGCUCCCUCGAGAGCUGACUGAGUGCUCUGCUCUCAAGCAGACCACACACGGACUGUGUGUAUCCCCAGCAGUGAAGAACACAGCCUGUAACGCGAUCUGCUCUCGCCCAAGUGCUUGAUUUUCUGCACUUUUAGACAUUGUGGAGCUUAUUUCAGGUGACAAACAACACUAAAUAAGACUCACCACACAGAUCGACAGACACACGCAGAGUAGCGGUUGCUGAAUGACAAAAGCUGACGCCGGUUCCACCGCAUGUGCUUUUAUGCUUCCUGGCCAUUACGUCACCUGCCCGUGACGUCUCGCCCAUCCAUUGGACAGAUUACACUUGUAUCAGAGCGCGGUCAUGCUGAAGGCGUUCCCCUAGCGUUCUGGGACACAGCUCGAGUUCCUGAAGAGGAACCAGUAGUUCUAUGUGAAAUCAGACAUUGAGCACCCCCACUUAGCCAAAAUGGCAUGAUCAUAAUAACACACUGCGAAUAUUCGACUGUGAGAUUGGGAGUUGAAUCAGGCUCCUCCUAUCGAAGCUUCGAAUCGUCGACUAUUCGGGGUCAUAUAUAUAUAAACAUUGGGGUGGGGGUUUAUAUGAAUGUAUUUCUAAAGGCAACUGAUGGCAUUUUCCCCUCUUAUCACUGAUGUUCCAUAAACGCCACCUGCUGUCAGAGAGUGAAAUUCAGCCUUUCUGCUGUUUUUGUUUAAUGCAGGUUUUAGCAUUUAUUUCAUAAAGCUAAAGUCAGACCAUUCUUUUUUUGCUUCAAAUGUUGAAAUGCUACAAUCAAAUUUAAAUAAAAAAAAACCUGUGAUUAUCGUGAUUAAAAUGCAGCGUUUGGUUCUAAUUUCAAAUGGCAUUUUUUUUAUUUAAAACUACAAGCUUGUAAUUACGAAUUCUGAAGUGGAAAUUAGGAAAUUAGCAAAAAUUGUUUUAAUCGUUAUUUUUUAAAAUAUAGAUGCGUCGUCAGAUAUAAGAUUAACCGUGGGUGGAGAACGGCAUGGUUUGAAUUGAUUUUAUUUUGAGAACCAUUACACUCCUACUAUACACAGAGAGUAUGUGUGAUCACGAAUACAAAAGCGAAAGUGAAAAGUCAAGUCAAGUCACCUUUAUUUAUACAGCGCUUUUAACAAUACAGAUUGUGUCAAAGCAUUUAACAGUAUCAAAUUGGAGAAUAGAGUGUCAGUAAUGUAUAAUGAUAAGAUUAAACACUCAAUUUUCAGUUAAAGGCAUUUCAUUAUUGAAUUCAGAGAUGUCAAUGAAACCUAGCUCAGUUUAGUUUAAAUAGUAUCUGUGCAAUCAAAUCGACGAUAAUCGCUAGAAAUUAAGUGUCCCCAACUGAGCAAGCCAGAGGCGACCAGUGGCAAGGAACCAAAACUCCCUCUGUGACAGAAUGGAGAAAAAAACCUUGGGAGAAACCAGGCUCAGUCGUGGAGCCAGUUCUCCUCUGACCAGACAAAACCCGCAGUUCAAAAUUAAUAUUUCUAUUUUGCUAUUUUGUUGCAAUUUCUAUUUUUAGUUAUUUUGUUAUAUGAAAAGCAAGCACACAUUCAAAAGCAGUUAUUUAAAAUUAUUAUUUCAAAAUAAUAUACAGUAUAAUUACCCACCUGCAUAAUUGCGAGAUCUAAAUCUUAUUAUUUGUUCAGCACAAUCACCAGUCAAGUCACCUUUUUUAUAUAGCACUUUUUACAAUACAGAGGGUUUCAAAGUAGCAGUGGUAAAAGGAAAUUAUGCAGCAAAGUUUCUUUCAGCUUAACAAUAGCUCUAGAAGAAAACUAGAGCUUGUCAUGGUUCAGCAGUAAGUCAGUUGAUUCAGUUCAGUUGUAAAAAAAAUCCUCAGUUAUUCAUUUAGUGAAUUUCAUCAAUACAGCAGCUCUAUAGAAACCGGUGAUGUACUACAUAAAUGUGAUGGAUAUUUUUAUUAAGAGUGAAUCUUUUUCUUUCAGAUGGAUCAACAUCGCUGUGACUCUGACUGCAGUGAUAAUAGUGGUGUUUCAGAUAAGAGUAUUGAUCGUCCUACUGCUUUUAACUGUGACGGGAAUCAAUCAGAUGAGAUGCGAUCACGUUAUGAUGCCAUUCUAAUGAAACAAGGUCCUCCAGCGCUUUACCGAUUGAACACAAAAAGAAAUCAGAUUGAUGGGACUAAUGAAAAGGUCAGACAGUGGAUAUAUGGACAAAGAGACAGAAACAAGCAGAACAAAGUCAUACUGAUGGUGGGAGAAACCGGCACUGGGAAAACAACCAUCAUCAACACCAUGAUCAACUACAUGCUGGGAGUGAAGUUUGAAGAUCAAGAGUUUUAUCAAAUCACAGAAGAAACUGAAGAUGCAGAUCAAUCACAAUCCCAGACUUCAGAGAUCACGGUUUAUGAGGUGUUUGUUGAAGAAAACCCAACAUCUCUGACCAUCAUUGACACUCCAGGAUACGGAAACACUGAAGAACACGAGAAGGACAGAGAGAUUUCUGAGUAUCUGAUCAGAUUAUUUUCAGAUGAGGAUGGGAUUCAUAAUAUUGAUGCAGUGUGUUUCGUGAUGAAGGCGUCUCAGAAUCGACUCUCUAAAAAAGAGCUUUACAUAUUUCACUCAGUUCUGUCUAUACUUGGUAAAGAUAUGGAGAACAGCAUACUGUUUCUCAUGUCACAGUCAGAUGGGUUACCUCCAAAAGAUGCUCUUGAUGCCAUUAAAACAGCAGAAAUACCCUGCAGAAAGAAUACAAACAAACAACCCGUUCACUUAUUGUUCAACAACCGACAGAAAGACAAAAGAGAUGAACAGUUUGAGCUAAAGUACAGGUCAGCCUGGGAAAUGGGAGAAAAAAGCAUGAAUCAGUUCUUCACACUCCUGGAGGAAAACAACAGAAAAAGUGUUGAGAUGACAUUAGAUGUUCUGAAAGAGCGAAGACGACUUGAGGCCUGUGUCGAUAAUCUGGAGCGGCGAAUCAAUGAGAAGGAGAUAAAAAUGCAAGAACUGACUGAGAUUCAGAAAUCCAUCAGACAGAACAGAGACGAGAUUCAGAACCGUAAGAAUGUUGAGUUUACAGUAACAAAAACAGUCAAAGAAAAAGUCCUCAUUAAAAAUCAAUCAUGGAGGAACAGCUACGCAACCUGCUGCUCCGUCUGUCAGGAGAACUGUCAUGUGAGGGGCUGCUGGUGGGUGAAUGAUCUCUCGUGGUGUUCAGUCAUGGAAAACAAUCACUGCACUGUGUGUACAAGGAAGUGUCAUUACAGCAAACAUGUCCAAGAGAACAAAAAAUAUGAGAUGAGAAAAAAAACAGUCAUUAUGACAUUUGAUAAACUCAAACAGGAGAAUGAAUGCACUGGUGACCAUCCUGAAACCAGCUUUGACAAACAAAUAUAUGAAAAUACUAAAAAGGAGCUUGAAAGUAUCAUGAAAGAGUCUGAGAUGAAAACGAAAACAGAAGAAAAACUAAAGAGUGAUCUGGAGAAGAUUCAAAAAGAAAAGUCCAACCUGCUGCAUGAAGCUUAUAUCAGCAUCAUGAUUCUGUCUAAGAUCGCAUUAAAAUCAGACAGCACUUUCACUCUUCAACAUCUGGAUUUCUUGAUUCCCAGACUGAAGAAGGAGGGAAAAGAUGAAUGGAUGAAGAACCUGGAGGAUAUGAGGAAAGCUGGAGAAGAACAGAGAAAUAAGGCUCGGAUUGGCUAAUCGGGAGCACCAGGAGAAUUUCCGGUGGGCUGGGCUGUUUUUUUCAGCUGCAAGGGCCAGUGUUGUCAUGCCACUGGGUUUGAAAUAUGGAUGACUGCACUCACAGCAGCCCCACUCUUUUUAUUUAUUAUUUUCUCACAGCCCCACUCGCAGAGUGCACUGACUGAAUGAUAUCUGUAUGACCAAAAAUGAUGGAGUAUUAUGUUUCCACUGAAUAUCAUUAAAUUUAAAGGAUUUGUUGUGGAGUGAGGGGGACUACAAUAGCUAAUAGCUAUGUUUAUAGUGUUUAAUGUUAACAUUCCGCUUUAUUUGCCGCUAUUAUUUCUGAAUGUAAUGGUGUUUUUUUUCCUUUUUCUCAAACACUCAAAAAAAAAGAUUUGUAAUGUUUUUUUUAAGGGAGUCUCUUCUGCUCCUCAAGGCUGUAUUUAUUCGAUCAAAUAUACAUAAAAACAGUAAUAUUGUGAAAUCGUAUUGCAAUUUCUAAUAUUGGUUUCCUAUUUUAAUAUACUUUAAAACAAUUUAUGCAGCGCUGAAUUUUCAGCAUCAUUACUCCAGUCUUCAGUGUCACACAGUCCUUCAGAAAUCAUUCUAAUAUGCUGAAUUAUUAUGAGUGUUGAAACUGUUGUGCUGCUUCAUAUUGUUUUUUGGAAACUUUGAUUCUUUGAUGAAUACAAAGUUAAAAAGAACAGCAUUUGUUCAAAAUAUAAAUAUUUUCUAACAAUAUAAAUCUUUUCUAUUAUAUUUAUCCAUUUAACACAUCCCUCCUGAAUAAAAGUAUUAAUUUCUUAAAAAGAAAGAAAAAAUUACUGACCCCAAACUUUUGAAUAGCAUUGUACAUUGUAACACAAAAUUUUUUAAAAUAAAUGCUGUUCUUUUUAACUUUUUAUUAAUCAAAGAAUCCUAAAAAAAAAAAAGAAAAUCACAGGUCCCCCAAAAAAUAUGAAAACUCUUAUUUUAAAUUGCAAUAAUAUUUCACAAAAUAACAGUUUUUUUUCUGUAUUUUUGAUCAAAUAGAUACAGCGGUAACACUUUAGAAUAGGGAACACUUAUUCACUAUUAACAACGACUUUUCCCUCAAUAAAUUCCUAAUUUGCUGCUUAUUAAUAGUUAGUAAGGUAGUUUUUAAAUUUAGGUAUUGGGUAGGAUUAGGAUUAGGGAUGUAGAAUAAGGCAUUCAUGUGUGCUUAAUUACUACUAAUAAAUGGCUAAUAUUCUAGUAAUAUGCAUGAUAAUAAGCAGCUAGUUAAGAGACCUUAAAAUAAAGUGUUACCGAUACAGCCUUGAUGAGCAGAAGAAACUUCUUUAAAAACAUAAAAAUCUUACAGAUCCCAAACUUCUGAGCAGCAGUGUGUGUAUAUAUAUAUAUAUAUAUAUAUAUAUAUAUAUAUAAUGUGUAUAUAUAUAUGUGUGUGUGUAUAAAAUACCUUGGUGUUGUCUUUGAUGCCACCCUGUCAUUUUAUGUCACGAAUCCUGUCCAUUUCACCAGACUACAAUUCCCAUCAUCCAUUGUACUCACUGAUUGCACACACAGCUGAUUGCACUGAUCACACACCCUACUUAAGCCAUGGACUUUCUCUCCUCACUGCCGAAUAUUGUAUGCAUUUAUCGCUGCCCUACAGAGCCCUGUUAGUUUUCCUAGUCUUGCCUUGUCUUGCCCGUUUCGGAUUGUGUUUUCCCCUGCCUGGACUAUCGCCACGUUUUGGAUUACCUCUCUUGUCUAGCCCCUUUGGAUACUGUUCGCUGUCAUCUGACCCACGCCCGUUUUAGAUUACUCUUUGCAUUACCUAUGAUAUACCUGUCUGCCACUGUUCGACCCUGCUUGUUAUGAGCACGUCUCUCAUCAAUAAAAGCUUGCAUAUGGAUCCGCACGUCUCACGUCUCGUCAGUCCCGUAACAGUAUGCUCCAAAACUGUGGAAUUCUCUCCCAGCUGACAUUAGGGAUGCUAAUUCUUUAUCUGUUUUUAAAACCUCUCUCAAAACAUUCUUUUUCAGGAAUGCUUUUAUUUGAUUAGUUUUCUAUUGAAUUGCUUUUUGUGAUUUAUCUUUUGUUGAAUUUAUAGUUUAUUGUUUUAUAUUGUUGUGUUUUCCUUUAUGCAAGCUUUCAUAUACAGCACCUUGAGAAAGCAACUUUUAAAGGCGCUAUAUAAAAUAAAUGUAUUAUUAUUAUUAUUAUUAUUAUAUACCGUAUUGACCCGAAUAUAAGACAAUGUUUUUUUCUUGGAAAUACAUAUGAAAAAACGCGGUCGUUUUAUACUCGGGGUCUAGACUUUGACAUGUCAGUAAUACACCCACAACAAUAGGUGGCGCCAAAAACGCAUAAAACGAGUGUGCCGUGAAAUGUGUAAUGUAAUGUGUGUUGUAAAGAUCGCGAGUGAAAACAAAAGAAAAAGAAAAGCUUACAGGAGCAUGAGUCGUGACUGUCAUGUUAGUCUGAUGGGAACAAACUUCCUCUGUAAGUGAUUUUAAAACAUAAGACAGUACCCAGAUUUGAAGACUACAAUAAGAUUUCACUUCUACUGUUAAUUAAAUUUUGGUAGGCUACUAUGAGAUGGAUAGCCUAAAUGUUAUAUAGCCUAAUUCAGAUGGGCUACCUGUUAUUUCAAUGGUAUAUCAAAAAGUGUAUAUUUUUCAAUGUCAUUGUUGGUACAUUUUACCAGUAUUUACCAUACUUUCAAAACAAAAAUUAAAAUAGGAAAAAUAUGCAAUAUGAAAAUCAUUUAAGAAAAAAUGUUUUACAGAGAGUGAGAGAGAGAAAAAAAAAAAGAAAAAACAAGAUUUGGUUUUCAAAAAGCCUUUUUCCAAAAGGUACAUCUGGAAAAAGGGGGGUCGUCUUAUAAUCAGGGUCGUCUUAUAUUCGGGACAAUACGGUAUAUAUGUAUGUAUGUAUGUGUGUGUGUGUGUGUGUGUGUAUGUGUCUGGAUUAAUGUUAACUAAUGGAAUAUGUUAGUUGAUGUUUAUGAAUUGGAAUAAAAGAAUCGGUAACGCUUUAGAGUACAGCCCGCAAUGUAACGCGUAAUUAAACAGAAUUUACAGCGUACCUAUUUUGUAACUAUAGAGUACCUCCACAGUACCUACUCGUAAAUAGAAGGGAACAAUAUGCAACGUUUGCAAUAAGUUGCCUUAUUGUUAACAUAUAUACGAUGCAGUAUAUUUUACACUACAUACUGGGUACUUAUUGUAUUAUUACAACAUAUAUCUUACAUGACAUUGAAACAAAUAGUAAACUGUAGUAGGCCUAUACUAUAGUAUAAUUUAGUAAUUAUAGUAAAGUUAAAAACCACCAUAGUCGAGAUUACUAAAGUAUGGGGAAAUUUUGUAACGAGUUUCUGCUAUGAUUUGGUUUAAAAAUUGAUAUGAAAAUUUACCUGAUAAGAGCAUUGCAUAUGGUCAUCUCAGCAGCGAAUCAUGUCUGUUGAGGUGCAGUACAGUGGAAAACUAGAUUACCUGUUUCCAGCUGCUCCCAGGAUAUAGCAUAUAAAUAUAACAUCAUAAUACACAUGUACAUUUACCGAAUUGAUGUUUUUUUGAUAGCUGUAGUGCUGUUGGUGCACUUGAGCUUCCGUAUGUGGUUUGAGGCAAGUAGAAUAAAAUGUAGUACAACAUUUUUCUUAACUACUAUGCAAACAUACACCCUUGUUAUGCGUAGUUACUGUGCAAGUGUAACGUCCGCGGGCUGUAAUCUAAAGCGAUGCCUUGUUACCCCCUUGUUACGUGUAGUUACUGUGUAAGUGUAACGUCCGCGGGCUGUAAAGUGAUGCCUUGUUACACUCUUGUUACGUGUGGUUACUGUGCAAGUGUAACGUCCGCGGGCUGUAAUCUAAAGUGAUGCCUUGUUACCCUCUUGUUACGUGUAGUUACUGUGUAAGUGUAACAUUAAACUAUUUUAGUUAUGCUACAAUAGAUGUGUUUCAAAGUUAUUAACAAUGAACUGUAUUACGUAGUUAAAUGCAAGGUCCAAAGACCUUAAGUUAAAGAAAUAUUUUUAUUAUUUAACAAAAUUUUAACAGAUCUUUUCCAAGAACAGAAUGCAGAAAAAACAAAUUUGCAACCACUUAUACAAAAUACAAAGAACAGUAAAAAAAAACACACACACACACACACACAUUGGUAUUUGUGGUUUACGGGGACUCUCCAUAGGCGUAAUGGUUUUUAUACCGUACAAACUGUAUGUGCUAUUGCCCUACACCUUACAGGAAACUUUGUGCAUUUUUAGAUUUUCAAAAAAACACCAUUUAGUAUGUUUUUUUAAGCCUUUUGAAUUAUGGGGACAUAGGCAGUGUCCUCAUAAACCACCUUCAAAUUGUAAUACCUCUGUCAUACCCAUGUCAUUAAACAAAUUUGUGUCCCCGUAAACCACAAAAACCAGUACACACACACACACACACACACGCUCAAAGACAUAUGAAUGCAAAUACAGGAGCUAAUCAGAACAGACUUGUAAUGUUGGCUAUCAGUAUAUAUGUUUGUUUGUCCAAGUGAUUCUAUAUUUUGGCACAUGUAAAUAUUGUCACCUUCAUCACUUAGUUUUUUUUUUUCUUUCUUAUAUGUUAUAUGUUUGGUCCAUGGGGUUCUGUAUUUGGUACAUGUAAACAUUGUCACAUUCUUUACUUGCAUAAUAAAAAAAAAAUUUAAAAAAGGAAAAGAAAGGGGUGGGUCUCACAAAAAUACUUUGGGUAAACCUUUCUCUAGACAAGUAGUGUCAAAUUAGUGUCAAACACAUCUGUUAACAUGUAGGUAAAUGACCAUGGCAACGUAAUGUCAAUGAAGCAGGGUACGACUGGGUGUGUAAGAUCUCUUCCAGCACAACACUCCAGUGAUGCUGAAGCUCCAGAGACAUCCUACUUUGCUGAUGAUGUACUAGAUCUAGAGGAAAUGGAAGCAGUUUUCAGUAAGACCAAUGUUUAAUGUAUUUGAUCUAAUUUGCUUUUUUUUUUUUUUCAAAAAAGAGUGAUAUUUGUGUUAGUAUGUCCACUAAACUAAGAAUAAAUACAUUUGUUCUGUUCUGUCUGCUGUUCAGAUUUUCUCUGCAAUGCUGGGUUCAAUUUAAGAUUAUGGAUAUGAACUCUAAAUAUGUAAUGUUUUUGUUUGUGGUCAAAAAUAAAAUGUGUGUGUGUGCGUUUUUGUGAAAAGUCAGGACAUAGAUUUGUAUAAUGACAAAAGUAUGACAUAGGUAUUACAAGGUGAAGGUGACUUUUCAGGACAUUGACCCAUGUCCCCACUUUUCAAAACGCUUAUAAAUCAUACAGAGUGAGGUUUUUUUGGGGGAAAGUUGUAAUGCACAGUCUCCUGUAAGGGGUAGGUUUAGGUGUAGGGUUGGUGUAAGGCAAUAGCACAUACAGUAAGUACAGUAUAAAAAACCAUUACGCCUAUGGGAUGUCCCCACUUUUCACAAAAACGAACGUGUGUGUGUGUGUGUGUGUGGUAGGAUAUCAGAGAGUGAAUCAGACAAAUUUAAGAUUCGAUCAGAUUGGUGUUGAACAACCCAAAGAGCCAAAUUCCACAGAGAGGCCCCGGAUAACAAGACAACGUCAUAAAUCUGUCCACGGUAACCUGGCGCCAUGAGUCUGGAGCAAGCUUAACCAACAAGCCUCUUCCAGAACAGCUUGCAACAUUAAAACAAAAGGAACACUUAUUGAUAAUUCCAACUCAGGAAGGAGACUGUCAAAUUUGGGGAAAGUAAUCAAGACUGAUGGUCAAA